UCCGGGGCUCCCGGCGGAGGUCUCCCUGUGGGCCGUAUGGAAGUGGGAUCAGGUGAGUCUUAGAUGGGCAGCGCUAGCUUAUGGAAGGAGCUUCCCAGGAGAGAGCUGCAUGUGUGAAGACCUCGUCAAGAGAGUUCUGCCUGACAGUGGGGCAAAGACUCUUGGAAUUGCAACACCCAGGAAACCUGUCUUAUCUGUCAGUGCAAGAAAGAUUAAAGACAAUGCAGCUGAUUGGCAUAACUUAAUCCUGAAAUGGGAAAGCCUCAGCGAUGCCGGCUUUACCACCGCGAGCAAUAUUGCCAACCUGAAAGUCAGCUUGCUGAGUAAAGAGAAGGUUGAAUUAGAGAGCAGCAGCCCAGCUUCCAGUGAGAAGGAAGAAAAGACAAGUCUGGACUACAGCAAGGAACUUGAAGCGCUGUGUGAGGAGCUGCAGGCCACCUUGGAUGGCUUGACUAAAAUACAAAUGAAAAUGGAAAAGCUGUCUUCAACCACCAAAGGAAUUUGUGAACUAGAAAAUUAUCAUUACCGGGAAGAAAGUAACCGGCCCCCUCUGUUCCACACAUGGCCCACAGCCUUCUUUUAUGAGGUCUCCCGCCGGCUGUCUGACGCAUACAAGAAGGAGCUCCUGCUGAAACACACCAUUGGCGCAGAGCUGGCCCAUACAGCCGACCGCAACCUCAGCCUGACCUACCUGUCCAUGUGGCUGCACCAGCCCUACAUAGACAGUGACAGCAAGCUGCAGCUGGAGAGCAUGCUGCUCGAGACGGGGCACCGGGCCCUGUGACUCCCCUGCCACCUGGCCUGUGAUCACGGCUCGGGGCUCCAGACUGAAGUCAUUUGGAUGGGAACUGUUGUGCCCCAGGGUCCGCCACUGCAACCGCUGCAGACACAGCACUAUGCUCUCCCAGCCUGCCCUGUCCCCGGUCAUCAUGUGAGCACCACUGAAUGGAAUAAAUAGAAAAACGGCUGAGGGGCAUCAUUUUGUAAACAUGGUGCAUGUUACACCUGUGUAGACAACCCUGGUUUCCUGUUUUUACUCUAUACCUAUGCACCUUUUCUGUUUGGUUGGUUGGGUUUUUUUUUGUUGUUUUUUGUUUUUUUUUUUUGUGGUAGUGGAAAUCAAACCCAGAUCUCACACAAGCUGAAUACUUAACCAUUGGGCCACACCCCCAACCGGCGCCUAAAGUUUGGAGAAUGUUCUAGUUCUGUAAUUACAAGUAAAAUCCCAUGGAUACUUGAGGUUUAAAAUCUUAUCACUUUUUAAGAUUUUAUUUUUACUGUAUCUGUGUCUGUGUAUGUAUACAUGUACAGUUGACCAGGGCAGCCACAAAAGGAGUGGAGCCAGAGUUAAAGGUGGCUGGCACCCACCUGACCUUGUUGUUAGGAACCAAACUCUAGUCCUCUGGAAGAGCAGAUCACACUCUCCUAUGGCUGGAGAGACAUAUUAAAUAUAUUCUAUAAUAUAUAUACAUAUAUUAAUAAAUGUAUUUGUAAAUAUAUAUUUUUAAUCCUUUUGAGUAGACUUUGGUGUCAUGGAGAUGAAAACCACUUACCAAGAAUUAUUGCUGUUUGCAUUUGGGACAAGCCAAUAAAAAGACCAGUAAUCACA